AUGGUCAAGGCUGCGCCGCCAGCUCCCACUGGCCCGGGCAUUUACAGUGCCACAUACAGUGGCAUCCCCGUCUAUGAGUAUCAAUUCGGCGUCGAGUUCAAGGAGCAUGUUAUGCGAAGGAGACAUGAUGAUUGGAUCAAUGCCACCCAUAUCUUAAAAGCCGCUGGCUUCGACAAGCCUGCCCGAACAAGAAUCUUGGAGCGCGACGUUCAGAAGGAUGUGCAUGAAAAGAUUCAGGGUGGUUACGGCAAAUACCAGGGAACUUGGAUUCCCCUAGACAGUGGUGAGGCCCUCGCCCAGCGACACAGCGUAUACGACCGCCUGCGACCCAUAUUCGAAUAUGUCCCGGGCAACGAGAGUCCUCCUCCUGCUCCUCGACAUGCCAGCAAACCCAAGGCGCCCAAGGUCAAACCUCCCCUGCCGAUGCCAAAAUGGGGCUCCACCUCUGUCCCCGUGCGCGAUGACUUUGACAAUACCGACACGAUGAUGGGUGAAGACGACACGCCCGACAACCUCACCAUAGCCUCGGCGUCAUACAUGGCUGACGAGGAUCGCUACGACAUGGCGCACGUAUCUACUGGCCACAGAAAGCGCAAGAGGGAGGAACAUCUACAAGAUCUUACGGAACAGCAGCACGCCGUAUAUGGCGACGAGCUCUUGGACUACUUCUUGCUCUCCAGGAAUGAGCAGCCUGCAGUCAAGCCCGAUCCCCCGCCCAACUUCCAGCCCAACUGGCUCAUCGACGCCGAGAAUCAUACUGCUCUCCACUGGGCCUGCGCCAUGGGUGAUGUCGAUGUCGUCAGGCAGCUCAAAAAGUUCAAUGCCGGCAUUGCAGUCAAGAACUGUCGCGGAGAGACUCCGUUUAUGCGAUCCGUCAACUUUACCAACUGCUACGAGAAGCAGACAUUCCCUGCUGUCAUGAAGGAGCUCCUCGAUACCACCGAGGCCCGAGACAAUGCUGGAUGCACUGUUAUCCACCACGCCGCCAUCAUGAUGAAUGGUCGUGUAUUUAGCCCAUCGUGUUCACGCUACUACCUAGACAUUAUUCUCAAUUGCCUGCAAGAGACCAUGGAGCAGACUGCUUUCCAGCAGCUUCUCGAUGUCCAAGAUAGUGACGGCAACACUGCCCUCCAUCUGGCAACCCAAAGAAAUGCCCGCAAGUGCAUUCGAGCCUUGUUAGGCCGCAAUGCAUCCACUGAUAUUCCCAACCACGAAGGCGUCCGAGCGGAGGAUCUCAUCGCGGAGCUGAAUGCUUCCAAGAGGGAACGUGGGCCCCAGCGCUCCUCCUCGCCAUUUGCUCCCGAUUCGCACAGACACGCUUCUUUCAAAGACGUAUUCGCGGACAAACCAUCCAAGAAGAUUUCCCAGCUGUUCCAGUCUGCUGCUGCCACUACAGUGCAGUCCCGCAUCUCGCCUCUCAUUUUGGAAAAGUUCCAAGACUUGGCCAAGAGCUACGACGAGGAAUGGCACGAGAAGAAUGCCGCGGAAACGGAAGCGCAGCGCAUACUCAGCAACACGCAGACGGAGCUCCACGCUGCCCAUCAGCAAAUCGCCGAGCUGGAAUCGCAGCUCGAACCCGACGACGUCGCCACCAGGGUCUCCAACGAGGCCAAUCUCGCCAAGCACCAGGUCCUGUCGCUUAUUACCCAUCAGAACCGCCUGCACAUUUCGCAAGCCGUCGACGGCGAGCUGAGCCGCAUCAACGGCGAAGGCGGCGGCGGCCAGGACGAGUCGUAUGAGGAGCGCCUCGCCCUGGCCCGCCAGCUCAGCCACAUGCUCACGGAGCAGCGCAUGGCCGAGACGGAGUACGUCGACGCUCUCAGCAUGGUGGGCGUCGGCGACAAAAUUGAAAAGUACCGCAAGCUGCUCAAGCGCUGCCUGGACCCCAAAGACGGCGAGAGCUUUGACAAUAACCUCGACAGCAUCAUUGAGCUGAUGGAGGAGGAGCGCGAACUGCAAGACCGAGACGGCUCGACGGUGGCGCCAGAGCCCAUGGACAUUGCCGUUGGCAUUUAA